AUAGAAAUAAUCAAGAAAGGCGUGGAACCUCUGGCGUCUAAAAAAAAUUAAAAUAAAAUAAUAAAUUGGCGUAUAAUUGGGAAAGAAGAUUUCAUUCAGACCAAACUCGCCCGAGGCGAUAAAAUAUCUCUCUCCCAUUUUCUCUAUCGAAGUAAAAAUGGCUUUGCAGCUGUGGGAGACUCUCAAGGAUGCAAUCACCGUCUACACGGGUCUCUCUCCAGCAACUUUCUUUACAGUUUUGGCUUUGGGUUUGGCCGUUUACUAUGUGAUUUCUGAGCUUUUUGGAUCGUCUGAUAAUCAUCCGAGACCCAGAAGCGUUGAAGAGGUGCAGCCUCUGCCUCCUCCUGUUCAGCUUGGUGAGGUUACUGAGGAGGAUCUUAAACAAUAUGAUGGCGCCGAUCCUAAGAAGCCUUUGCUCAUGGCGAUUAAAGGUCAGAUCUAUGACGUCUCUCAAAGCAGGAUGUUUUAUGGACCUGGUGGCCCUUAUGCAUUAUUUGCCGGAAAGGACGCCAGCAGAGCUCUUGCAAAGAUGUCCUUUGAAGAAAAAGAUUUGACUGGUGAUAUCUCUGGUCUUGGUCCAUUCGAAUUGGAGGCCUUGCAGGAUUGGGAGUAUAAGUUCAUGAGCAAGUAUGUUAAGGUGGGAACUAUCAAGAAGCCUGUUCCAGUAACUGAUGAAGCUGCUUCCGCUGGUGAACCUGCAGAAGCUAAAGAAGCUGAUGUUGCUAAGCCUGCAGAAGAUGGUCCAUCAGCUGAUGGAGCUGUGGAACACACUAAUGCUGAAGUCAAGGAGUAAUAUUAAGAUUUAGGAACAUGAUUAGAAAUCCAGGAAGCAAUUACUUAUGGAGAUGCCAAGAGUGAGUGAUGUUUACUCGGAUGCAUGUGUGGGGUGAACUUUGUUUCGCAAUUUAGUUUACUUUAUCAAUGUAGUAUAAUUCUAUUACAGACCUGCUUCAACUUUUGGAUCUUUAAAUAAAUGCUAAACUUUGGAGAUUCAAAAUUGUUA